AUGUCGAGCACGAACAAGGGCGGUUUGGGGGGUGGGUCGCUGGAGAAAACCGAGCCGUACUCAGACACGUCGUCGUCGACCGGAUCCGAGUACUGGAAGUACGAGGAGGGCCGCACGCACCGGAAGUUGAAGCGGCGGCAGAUCGAGCUUAUUGCCAUCGGGGGCACGAUCGGGGUGUCUUUGUUUGUGAACAUCGGCACGUCGUUGAAGACGGGCGGGUGUCUCUCGCUCCUCCUGGGGUUCAUGAUCUGGUGCAUCCCGAUUCUUGAGAUCACCUGCUGCUGCGCAGAAAUGGUGUGCUACCUCCCGAUCAAGGGGGCUCCGUUCUGCGUCUUUGCCGAGCGCUUUGUCGACGAGGCGUUUGGCGUGAUGGCCAGCUGGAACUUCUGGGUUUUGGAGUGCGCCUUGAUCCCGUUCGAGUUGACCUUGUUCAACACGUUGAUCCACUUCUGGACAGACGGCUACUCGCCGGCAAUCCCGCUUGCGAUCGAGCUGGCCAUCUACUUCUUGAUCAACGUCGCCGCCGUGAAGUGGUACGGCGAGGCCGAGUUCUGGCUCUGCAUCGGCAAGGUGCUCCUCGCCGUGGGGCUCAUGUUCUUCACCUUCAUCACCAUGGUAGGCGGGAACCCGGACCACCACGCCUUUGGCUUCACGAACUGGAAACACACCCCCGUCAUGCUCGAGUACUACCACCUCGGAAGCCUGGGCCGGUUCCAGGGUUUUCUCGCGUGCUUGAUCAGCGCCUCGUACAUGGUGGCCGGUCCGGAGUACUUGAGCAUGGCCGCCGGAGAGACCAUUAACCCCCGCAAAAUCCUUCCGGGGGCAUUCAGGGGCGUCUUCUUCAGGCUCAGCACGUUCUUCAUUGGCGGCGCUCUCUGUGUGGGCAUCUUGUGCAACGCUAAGGACCCGCUUCUCCUCAACGCAAUUGCCGCCGGGCUUCCCGGCGCAGGCUCGUCCCCAUACACCAUCGCCAUGCACAAUAUGCGCAUCAAAGUCUUGCCCCAUAUUCUAAACGUGAUGUUGCUCACUUCCUGUUUCAGUGCUGGCAACUCCUACACGUUCUGCUCCUCCAGAACCCUUUACGGGCUAGCGAUUGCUGGCAGAGCCCCUAAGAUCUUUGGCUACUGUAACAAGCAGGGCGUCCCAAUUUUUGCCGUUUUGGUGUCUUUAGCCUGGGGCGCAUUGGGCUUUCUCCAAUUGAACAAGAACGCAAACACCGUUCUAAACUGGAUUAUCAAUUUGAUCACUGCUUCCCAGUUGAUCAACUACUGUGUCAUCCUCUUCACGUACUUGCACUUCCGCAGAGCAGUUCUUGCCCAGAGGAUCGACAGGUCUGCCUUCACCUUCAAAGCGUGGUUCCAACCCUAUGCAUGCACCAUAACCUUGGUCGUUGUCUUCAUCAUGGUUUGGUUACAGGGCUACACCGUGUUUCUACCGGGGAACUGGUCGCUUGACACAUUUUUGUUCUCCUAUUUGAUGUGCUUUGUGGACAUCUUCAUCUUCGUGGUGUGGAAGAUAUACAAACGCACCAAGUAUCGGUCCAGUCCGAAGGACGUCGACCUUACCACCGGGCUUGCCGAAGUCGAGUUUCACGAACAUACGCUCGAAAGAAAGAGACUGGUUUACACCAAAGUGGCGAGAUGGGAGAGAUGGUUAGGUCAGAUCACUCAGUUCCUCUUCGGUAAAGACUAG